AUGCAGGAGUCUCCAGGUGCAAUGGGAGUAGAUGGCAGCUAUGCCAGCAAUGUUCCAGCCUUUCUCACCAAGCUGUGGACCCUGGUGGAGGAUCCAGAAACCAACCAUCUCAUCUGCUGGAGCGCUGUGAGUCAUCUUUACAACAUGCUGUACUUUACACCAUAACAGCUCCGUGAAGAAGGAGGUUUUACACUUUACACAAGAGAAUAAUGCAAGUAGGCCGAAGUCUUUCUCCCCUCGUUUUCUUUAUCUAGCUCUUCCAGUAUUUGGGAUCAGUUCAAUGUGAUCAGUUUAUCAGAAAAUGUGGCUUUAACCACUUGUCAAUGAUUAUUUGUGUCCCUGCUAAAAAUGGCUUUAGAUCUCAGCCUAAGUAGAAACAGGCAAUAUUUGAGAGAGAGCAGGGAGAAAACAAUAAAAUCCAUGACCAUUUUCCCAAGACUGACCGGCAAACUCACAGGUUUUUAGCUCAGGACAGCAAACACCAAACUUUAUGGUAUUUGUGAACUUGAACAAUUAGGAUUAUCAAGUUGUUCACUUCAAGUCAUGAAAAGAUGAGAAGAUAUUAGCUGGAAGUCAAAUCCACAGAAUCAAUAGUAAGGGUGAGACUUUCCAAUACGGGUGCAUUUUUCAAGAACUAACGAAGAAAAGAAAUGUAUGUUAUUAGUCCCUGUUGCUCAUCAUGAUCAAGUUACUAUAACUUCAGUCAAAGAGUACAUGUUUAAUCUAUCAUUUGUGAAGGUAUGUCAGGUCAAACAUUGAUCAAUCUGUGAACAAAUGAGCUUUUAAAGAACUGCAGACGACCAACCUCAGUUUUUGAUUUCUGAUGACAAAUGUGAUGGUAAAUUCCUUUUCAUUAGCCUAUACAUAAAAAAAAAAAAACUUUUCAACUUCAGUCCUCUAAAUCAUCUAUUAGAAAAAAAUCAUGUUUUAGAAAACAAUUAUAUUUAACAUUGUUCACUGUCCACCCUUGUUUUCCCUUAUUUACCUUGAUUCAUGCCACAUGAAUUCAAACCAAAAUUCAUCAUGAGUCAUGCAUUACUUCAACAUCAAUUUAGCAUUAAUUAAUUUAAAUACAUGUAUCCAUAUUGUCAAGUGUUGCCAAAGUAAGUCCUAACUCUGCAAAAAUAUGCAUCAAAACCAUCUUAAUUACAUGACUUUAUGACUGUUUGUUGUUCAGUAUGGUACUGUGGUGUUGGUAUGUGGUAUUUAUCUGCCAUUAUAUAUUGUAUUACAUAGCAAUACUUUUCUAUUACCUUGAAAUAGAUGAGAAAGGGCCAAACAACACAUCUCUAACACCAACAGAACCAUUUGGUUAAAGAUCUAAGGUGAAAACCACACCAGACCACGAACUAAAGGAAACUGUGCAUUUGAGUUUUUUGCUUCAAAACUUUCGUACUCUCUCCCUCGAGAACUAAGAACUGUGGACACUGUGGGUACUUUCAAACAGCGGUUGAAAAACCCAUUUGUUUACACUUGCCUUUGUGGAAUUUGGCUGCUAGUGCAGGCCUACUUUUGUUGAUGUUUAUGUCUUGCUGUCUCACCUUUUUUAAUUUAAUGACUGUGAAGACCUUAAUGACAACUGUUCUGGAAAAGUGCUUUACAAAUUAAGUUUAUUAUUAUUAUUAUUACAAAACAAGUGCUGUGAAAGGGCUGAAGGUAGGUUAGAAAUCACUAAAGGAAUCAUACCUCACAGCUGCUUCAUCGCAUGUUUUUUCUUUAAGCAAUGAUAUUAUUAAAAUAAUAAAUAACACUCUACAAGUGUUAAAGUUCAGUAAAGAGUAGCUCCUGACUAUUUGACAACACCCAGCGUUUUCAUCCUUAUACCUUUUCUGAGCCAUUGAUUGUUGUUUUUAUACAAUAGCAGACAAAGUAGACCUCCUCGCACAUCCUCUAUAAAAUGUUGCAGAAUAAAUGUUUUGUUUAAAAUGUCAGUAACACAGCCUUGCACUUUUGCUAAUACUUGAACAUGAAACCCAGUUUACAAACUUGAGUGUGGCUAGACUCACAAGAGCAUAAAAAUAACAAUCAUCACCAUCACAUAAGCAUAUGAAUGAGUUAAAAUAACUCGACCAAACAAAAUUAUGUUGUUUGCCUGCUGUUUUCUAUCCAAGGGAAAUGCCAAAGGUUCAAUAUGGAAACUCAGAAAUGUUAAGAGAAGUUGAAAAGUUUUGCAAGGUCAUGCAAAAUAAUUGUAAUAACACUAGAGAGAAAAUUCUCACAUAACCCUUUGGAGGGACUUAAGUGACCCAAGUCAAGUUUUUAUUACUAUAAUGAUUAUAAGUAAGAUCAGUGACCUUGAAAGUCAGAGAGGACCGCUACGCAGAGUCCCUAAAUAAUCAAGAAUCACAAAGGGAUAAUGAAAGUGUAACAGGCAAAGUCAGCUUCACAAGAAUAUAUAAUUUAAGACAUCAAACUCCACCAUUAUAUUAUAUAAAUUUAACAAUAGGUUUAAAAAUAGUUUUGAAGACCCUGUGUGCUUUUAGAUGCUUUAGAGCAGUCAUUUCAAGUGGAAGUGUCAAAAUACUUGUUUCAAACCUGUCUGACUUAGUUUGGAAAUGAAUGUAAGUGUUGUAAAGUCAAUAUUUACUUCUAUAGUUUUCCUUGACUUGAAAGCUGUUACGCUGCUUAAAAUGUUCUUUGGUAAUGUGUCAAAGGAUCUUUGAAACUAGUGCAUAUUCUCAACAAACACGAAAGGCUGUCUGUGGCAUUGAAAUUAGUCUAAAGACCACAUACUGAUUUAACACGUUUGACCUUUGACCUAGUGUCUAUGUAUACUCAACAUUACUUUAUUACUAUUUACAUGAAGAGGAAACAUUGUUUUCGAGGUGAAUUUGGUUUUGUGGAGAUGAAAGAAAAUAGAAAAUCUCAUUGUGGUAUUUAAGUGUUAUCAGUUUGUCUUUGUGUAUCUGCUGAGCAGCUAGACGGAACAAAACAUUGAUGAAGUCUUGAUGAAAUGUCCCAUUAGUUUUUGAAGAGAUGCUCUGAGGUCUAAAGUUGAUACCUUUUUGAAAAGGUUCUCUUCAAAAAACAGUUGGCUAACCAGAGAUCAGCAAAGAGAAGAGCCCCUGGUUCAGCCUCUGGCAAACAGUUGAAGUAUAAAAAUCUGAUAGUCAAAUCAAUCACAUCACUUAUGAUGCAUGACUCCUGGCCUCAAUUAAAUAAACUAGAUGAAAUAUUAAAUGCCCACCACCACCAAUACUGCCACAGGUUGUGUCCAAACUGGUAAGUGUAGCAGGCUAUAGAUAUAUUUAAUGUAAAAAGGGGCACUGUGUGUGUGGUCACUGUCAGACUCUACUUGUUUUUUUGGUAUCAGCCCCAAGUGGACACUUAAGGAAUUGCAGUUUUUUAUUUAUUUAUUUAUUUUACAUGUGCAUUGACUUCAUUUGUAUCAUGUAGGGUCAAUCACUGUACAAUGAUGAGGGUCAGUGAGAAAAUGGGAGCCAGCAGCUUUUCUGUUUCCUUUGAAGGAUGACAAACAAAGAAACAGACUCAUGACAUGUACAGUCAGUGUGCAGCAUCAGCUGUUGCAUUGUUAGACUAUUAGGUGGUGAGUCAGCAUCACAAAGAGACGUUGUCAUUAAAUAGGGAUAAUUGAUUUUUAUAUAUUUUACUCCUCUGAUACAAUUAACUCCUAAGCCAAACUGUAUGCAGUAACUAACACAAUACUGUUUAGAGAGUUAAACAAAGCUUCUGCACCUGCUAGAUAAUUGUUUUGGGAGAAUUAAUCUUCCAAGGUAAUGGAGGAAGAGAGCGAGAGUGAGAGAGAGAGGAAAACUGAGAGUGUGUUUGACUACAAUCCUGAGCUGAAUUUGGCUGCAUAUGAAUAGACUACUCAAUCCAGGGAAAGUAUUACCUUACAAAACAACUUUUAUCAGACAGGCAAUAUUUGCUUUCAAACAUCUAUCUGUACAAGUAUUUGCUUAGCUGUGUUUAAAAAAUUGACCGAGAACAUUAUCACUGAAAAGAUGAUUUGAGCAGCAGUUGGAAAGGCAUCACAAAGAGAUUAUCUAUUCUCAGUCCUCUUAAGAGACCUGAGUGCACAUCAAGCACUGGCUGUGAGCAAGCGAAACCACAAAAGAGCUCAUUAGAAUCCCAAAAGGGCACAGAUGUAAAUCACUGCAAACAACUCAUGCAGAAUAAUUCAUAAACUGCAAAAAAGUGUGUGGCCAACAAAGCAUUUUUACAUUUACAUGUGUUAUUAUUAUUAUUCAAGUUUAGACUCUCGAUCUCUUGUUUUGGUGAACAGUGUUUGUUAUCACACAAUAGCAGGAUAAGAGUCAAGAGUAAACUGUGAGCUGUAACUAAAUCUGCUGUGUGGAUGUGGUACAGGGUCAGAAGGUUCCAACCUAAUCAGAUAAUUUAAUGAUCAGAAAUCUAUUGGUACAGUGUGCCAUUUUAUCAGAGCCAAGCUUUCACUUUGAUUGUGUCUCCAACAGGUCAGAGAUCACUUAUUAUCAUCAUCAAAAAAAAAGAAAGUAAGAGUGUCAAACUGUCAUUUUGUCUAAUCAUGUUAAAUCUGUAGGUAAUUACAAAUAUUGAUUACAUUUUUAAACCUGAGUUCAAAGCUUCUAUGAGGACCUUUUUAUGCUUAUGAAACAGACUGAAUUUUAUAUUAUUGCCUUUUUUUGCAUAUACAAAAGCAAACAAGACCAUAGACAAUGACACUGGUUAUUUUUAUGCUUUGCUUGUUGCCUGAAACCUGAGCAAGGUAUAGGUGUCACUUUUACAUUUUCACAUAUUAGAUGAUUAAUGAUACAUAUGACAGUCAGAAGUAGGCAGGGUUAGGUUUUUUUGUCUCAACAAAAUCAUGUUCACCAAGGGCAAGAUAAUUGUGGACUGGUUUGUCCAUGGGAAGCACUAAAACUGACACAAAGGGUCCCUUAGAAGAGCUUUAAAUGUUAUUAUUUUCAUCCCAAAAACAGAUUUCAAAUGCAAAUAAAUCUCUCUCCCAUGUCUUGAAACAAAUGCCUGAAUUACAUGACCGAUAUUUCUGGAGUUCUGAUUCAGUUGCUUGUUCUCUACCAUACAAGUCCAGUGUGGAGGACUGCAGGCCAGGAAUACAUGCCCUCUACAAUUGUCUGUGGGUUUUUGUGAUGUUCUUGUAAACUUAGCUUAUAGGUGGUUACUUUGGUGAUAUCUUCAUUCACAAAGUGAUAAAAGUUAAAUAUUUGAGUUGUUAGCUAAACCAUCUGAGAGUUUUAUUGGGUAAAAUGUGCCGAUCAACGCAAAGUGGUGUCAUUAUUCUUCAUCACAUUGACAACAAAAAGUUAAAAGUUGCUACCUUAGCCGAACUAUUGCAUUCCAACAAAGACAAAGUAGUACUUGGUUAAAAAAAAAGUAAUACCAUCAAAGUAUAAUCUUUGUUCUUCAUGAGUGCUAUUUAAAACUAACAUGUUUACCACAGUGUCAACAGGUGGAAAUGUGCCAUACUUUUCCAGUGUUUGAAUUUUAUUAUAUGAAAUUUGUGAUCCGAUAUUCUCCAGUCUAACUUCUGCUGUUAAAAAUCAUUUCAUAAUGUUUUGGUGUAAAAAGUAAUCAGUAAAAAGUAAAUAACACAGCAGGGUCAUGAUUAAUAGUUCAUUUCACAGUUCAAACUUGAAUACACAUUCAAGAGCUCAAACGUAUUGGAGGUGACCUUUCUUGACUUCUCGCCCCUGCCUCUGACAGAAAAACACCUUUACAUAUUAACUUGUUAAACUCUUGUAACUGUUUUAUUUUCCUGUGCUGUGGUUAAAAUUACAAUAGCUAAUUUCUUAAAUGUUUGUCUGAUCCUGUAUUUGAGGUAGAAAGAUACAUCUUUGUUGAUAAAAUGUUUUUGCAACGAUAAGCAAUUAAAGGAGACUGAGGUCAAGCUGUGGUGUUGAUUGUUUGUAUAAAAUCUAGUAUUGUGCUGUACUGAAUGGAGUUUGCCUAUCUCUCUGUUUUAGACUGGGACAAGCUUUCAUGUGUUUGACCAGGGACGCUUUGCCAAGGAAGUCCUGCCAAAGUAUUUUAAACACAAUAAUAUGGCAAGCUUUGUUCGACAGCUCAACAUGUGUAAGUACUCUCUGUUUAUCUCUUUUUUUCCCUCAAAGUAUGUUCUUUUAAUUAGUGUUUGUUGUAUUUGUAUGUCUGUGUGUAUAGAUGGUUUCCGUAAAGUGGUGAACAUUGAGCAGAGCGGUCUGGUGAAGCCCGAGAGAGACGAUACAGAGUUUCAACAUCUGUAUUUCCUCCAGGGACAUGAACAUAUGCUUGAACAUAUCAAGAGGAAGGUAUGACACAAAACGCAGCUAGUGUGUACCACAUAGACUGUAUAUACCAUAGACAGCUUGGCUUUGCCUUCAUCAUUAUACAAAUUUGAAGCCGAAUUGCUCUCAGUAUUUCUGGGAUUUUCUCCACUUCCUGGAACCAAGAGUCACUGUGAUGACACUCUGCUCAAACAGUGUAUCCCUAAGUGAGCCAUGCAAUCUUCACACGCCCAUAGGCUGUAUCAAGUGUCAAUCAUAGAAAACAUGAACCCCCUCAUAAUUUUUAAAAACAGAGCUGCAUAGAAAAAAAGAGGAAUUGAGUAAAAAACAGUCUUUCAGUAACUACAUGUCAACAUCGCAAACAGGGGGGAGUAAUAUUAAUAUUUUCUGUAAUAAAUCCUGUAAUAAGUUUGUACACAGCUCCAUAGGCAUUGCUGGAGGAGGUGGGAUUUAUGGCCUAUACUGCAGCUCGUCACCAGAGGGUGCUGUUCUUGCGGUUGCUUCUCCCAGCAAGGAGGCAGACAAUGUCCAUUUUAUAUACAGCCUAUGGUUUACCACCAAAAUUGUUUAGUACAAAUCAGUGAAUCGGAGAGUAAAGUAGCCUCAAGCAAAGCUUUCACUAAAUGACUGUAAAUUUACUGGUGCUUCAUCUCUUGACUCACACAGCAAAAUAUCUUGAAGCAAAAUUCUCUGUAGCACCUUUAAUAGGCUCAUAUCGCAGGCAUCUCCUCCUAAAGCAGCUCUUGUGUCUAAUAAGAAACAGAGUUAACAGAACAUAUUUGUCAUGACAUUAAAAGCACCAAUAUUUGGUUAAAUCACUGUCAGUACUUCAAAAAAUUUUUAGCUCUCAUACAACCUUUGCAGCAUGAGGAGAGAGGUAAAGGACUACAGAUUAGCUGUCCCAUCUGACCUUAUAGAGAUAAGUACAUCAUCAAAACUGCAAAAGUGAAAUUUAUGCCAGUGAACAUAGAGCAGCAAGGAAGAUAUUCAAGGUAGAGAAUAGAAGUCAAAAUGAUUUUAUGGAGCAGAUUAUUCAGGUUGAGUUGAAGAUCUUGCAACAAUGUUAUGUACUUUCUCUUAAGAAGUUACAGAACCAAGUGGUGCUCUUUGUGUUCAGGUGUCCAUAGUGAAAAGUGAAGAGACCAAAGUUCGUCAAGAGGACCUCAGUAAGCUGCUGUAUGAAGUCCAGCUCCUCAGAACACAACAGGACAACAUGGAGUGUCAGAUGCAGGACAUGAAACAGUGAGUGGAAAGGGUUUGCUUUGUUUGUCAUGGCCCAUCAAGACCUCAGCUCUCUCGUUCAAGUCCAUUCUCUCUUACCAGUGUUAUAAAAAGGGUUUAAAUUUUACCACAUGGUGUACCAGCAGCCUCAUCAUGAUCUAGCUGACAUGACCAAAUUAGUGGUCUCUUUCAAAACAGGUGGUUACCCAAAUCUGGUCUGACAAAGUUUGAAUACAAUGUUCAUUGAUUUAAAAAGUCACAAAGUAGUCUUCCUUGUAAACUUGUUCUUUUGACAGGUGAUUUGUUUUUCUCACUGGGAAAAUUGUGGUCCUUUCUUCAUUUAAAUGAGAAGAAACUAGAAUAAGUUAUGGUGCUUUAUAGUUUGGAUGCACAUCUGAGGAGAAAACAGAUUGUUAUUCCUCUUGCUAAGUUGGAACAAAUCAUCCACCGAAACUGAACUGACUUUUUUCUCUGGAGGCCAUUGUUGCUGAAAAUAGCUGCUGUGUGUCAUUGUGUGCCGGAGCUGCUUUGUGCUGAGUAUUGUUUGCUAAUGAGAGGAGAGAAUGUUCACCUGCUCACCUGACUAACACACACACUCACACAGGCAUACACACAUACACAUGCACACACCAAUGACACUAUUCUUGGAACCAAACGUACGCAGGUACACGUGUAGGAACAAGAGAAAAUAUUCCACAAGGCUCUUGUCUUUUAUAUCUGUGUUGUUGAUAAAAAUACGUAUGGAAGUCUUUGUCAAGAUAAUGAUGAACAUUAUUAAUGUUUAUUGUGUUACUUAAUUCUUUAAAGGAGCUCCUGUCAUAGAGCUCGAAAAGCAGAGGGGAUGCUGACUAAAUGAUGUUAUUUUUGAUCCAUAAAUAUAUUCUUUCAGCUUCCAAUUCGGCUGAGAUCUUCUGUCCUGCAACAAGAUGCAGAAGCAGGAAAUAUUGACUGAAUCCACUAAAAAAGUCAGCAAGCUAAUGUAUUAGUCUUACUGCUGGUAAAUGAAAAGAAAAGUCUGUAAAUCAAAGCCACAUUCCCAUUAGGUCCACAUUGAUGCCUUAUAUCAAGAUAUUGCAAGCAAAACAAUUUAGACCUGGAUUCCUUAUAUGAGUAAGAUCUUUGCCACUACAUACAAAAAAUGACUUGUUUUGACUAUAAUGUCUGAAUUAAAAAAAAAAAAAAAACUUUUUUUUUAAUCCAUUCGCCAGUUUUUCAACUGUUUUUCUUGGCUUGCAGUAUCUCGAAAUAGACAUUUCUCUGAAUUUGCCAGGUCCAUGUGUUUAAAAUUAAUGCUAACUUCAGUCUGUUUUCUUUUUACCAGAAUUACGUUAAAGCCCCUGAUUAGUUUCAGUUUCUUUGCAUUGUACAAAUGAAUGUAAUUGACCAAAGGUAAGAUUUGCAUGGAGAGUUACACAAGGCAAGCACUGUUCAGGGCUUUAAGUGAAUCAGGAAUCAACUUCUUUGUUAGCCUUGACGCAACACUUUUGAUUCCCAGAAUUACUGAAUCACUUUGUUUUUUUGUCAGUCUGUUUGUCACCACAGAGAGGAACUAGACUAUUUGGGCUCUCAGUGUAAGAUUACAACAUUAUCUGCAAGGGGGCUUAGUCAAGGUCACACCAGACACAAAUAUUGACUCCACAUAAAUCAAACACUUAACUGCACAAAACAACAAUAAAAAUCUGUGAACACAGACAUCAACAACACAAGCAGUAAGUAAGAACUGUAUGGGGUGCAGCUGGCUUAGAGGUCUACUUGCACACCCCAUACAGAGGUUAUACCACAAACUACUGGCUCGCAUUUGCUCUAGGCCGUUGCACCUUACUUGCUCUGUAUCCCAUUUUCCUUCUCUGACUACUGUCCUCUCCUCUCCAAAUAAAAGCAUAUGUAUAGCCCCAAAAUCAGUCUGGAAAAAAGGAUUGUAUGUUUAAAAACAUAGAGCCCCAAACCUUACAAACCAGGCACAAAACCUUUAGGGAGAUAAAACACGUGGUUUAAUUGGAAUGCUUAAUUGUUCCCUAACACAGGAAUGGUCUUUAGAAUUAGCUACACUGUUUUAUGUUAUCAGUUCUGACUUAAAUAUAAAUGUAAAUCCCACUGCUGUGAUUAAAUAGAAAAUAGAAAACCCUUCUUAAUACAGAAACAGUGCACAUAUUUCCAACGCUAAGAAAGUCUUCUUUCCAUAAUACUUUAGAUAGACAGCCUUUUUGCAAUCAGUGUUGUAGUUACCAAACAAUGAGUCUAAGUCGGCGUUUAAGUCCUCAGUGUUCAAAUCCAGGUCACGUCCACAUUACGUAAGAGCAAGGAGAGCUCAUUUUUAGUAUUUAUUACAAACAGGGUAGCAGUCUCACUACAAACUGUUGUUUGCAUGACUCGGGGAGUUUUUUAUUCAUUAACAGUCCUGGACCCAGCGGCUGAGUCACUGACAGUAUGACGAUUUUGCUAGCAGUAACAUAAUCUACAUCCCUGUAAUUUCCAAAAACUAAAAUUUUUAACUAAGUGCAUGACUCAUAGAACCCCUUUCAGCAUCCUGGCAGGGUCUGUUGCAGUACCAGACAGCGUGGUCUUACGAGCCCUUUCUCUUAAUGGAAAUAAUUAAUAGGGCCCUAAACAAAAUAACAACUUUCACUUAACUUAGUAAAACACUCUUCAUCACAAAAUAUGUUAAAGUCAUCCUCUCAGUCUGCUGAGCGCUGCAGUCAUUGCUCAGAUUUGAAUAGUCCAAGUCCCUGAUGCUCAAGUAUAAUCAUGAGUCCUGAAAAUCUGGACUUGGGGCUUCCUCUGGUACUUCAGCAGGUUGCAGUUAUGUAUAAUUUAAUGUAUCACCGUGCAGUAACACUUCACUUUACUUGCAAUUAUCAGGUCUCAUAUCAUUCCUUUUUUGUAUAUAUUCCGUAUAUAUUACUGCCUUUUUACUUUUCUUUUUCUUUCUCAUUCUUUACUUAUCUUGUGUUGGCUUUCAUUCUACUAUUUAUUUUUUUACUGUUACCAUUGCUCUGCACCAAAGGGGGUGGCGCUCAAAUUUCGUUGUACUGUGUACAAUGACAAUAAAGGCGAUUCUGAUUCUGAUUCUGAUUAUCUGACUUGGGGGCCAGUGGCUUGAGGCGACAUUAGUCACAUCUUACAUAAAAUUUCUAGAUCUCAGACUGAACUAGUAAGCUCCACUUGCAUUGUGGGUGGUGUAAUGUUGGCUCCAAAGUAGGCACGGUAGAUGAACAACCCAAUUAAAGAGACAGCAGCUUUGGUUCUGCCUCACCACUUUUAAUACUCAGAGAGAAACAGUGUCUAUCAUGAGGCAAUAUUGUUUAAAUAAUGCAGCACAGCAGCAGCAGAACCAUCUUUAGGGUUUACAGUGGAUUCUCUUAAUUGGCAGGUCGAGGGAUGAACCGGUUUUUAACUGGUUAAGAAUUCAGAGACUUUUGUGCUUUAAAACUUCAUCACGAGAAAACCAUUUAAAAAAAUAAUGACAAGGGCGGAGCAAUUCCGAUCGAAUGAGUGCCUGUGAGACUACGAUAGUGAAAAUAAGAAUAACAAAAAAAAUGUAACAAUAAUUCUUUCUAAGUAGUCUUUUUUGUUUUUAUUCUUUAUUUGUCUACCAUUUACUGACUAGUUUCCCCUCUCCUCUUUGCAGGCAGAAUGAGGUGCUGUGGAGGGAGGUGGUGUCCUUGAGACAGAACCACACUCAGCAGCAGAAAGUCAUGAACAAGGUCAGUCUACAAGCAUGUGUGCAUUUGUAUGUUAGACCAUGCUCUCUUUAGUAGGUAUGAAGUAUGUGUGUUCCUGCCUCUUUCCUUGUUUUUAAGGGUUAAAUUUAAAGACACAUUUUUGUGAUAUAACUCUUUGAGGCAUUAUUCUUUUUAUAUAUUAUGACUAAAACAACCUGCCAGUAGUUGUGUGAAACUGGGUCUGGUCUUCCCCUGUCAUUCAUACCAUGGGAGUUCUGGGAAUGGUGUUGUCUUAGGUUCCUUUUUAUUUUUUAAUUUAGUUCUUAUAAACUCAUAGGAACCUAAUUUUUUCAUGAUCUCAUAAUCAAACUUUGUUCAGUGGUGUUCACAUUUUGGGAAUCUGUAUUCUUAAUAUCAGCAUUUACAGUAUGAAAUUACUACCAACACUAGGGUGAUGCAGUGUGGCCUGAAUAUAAAUAAGCCCUUGUACUGAAUGGCAGAUUUUUUUUUUUUUAAUCAAAUACUGUUUUAGAUUCAUGGUAAAACAAUCUUUAUUUAAUCCCCCUACAUUUGAUGAACACCAAUGGUUACAAGUACUUCUCAUUUAAUUCUUUUGAAAUGUUUGAUGUGUCAUAUUUCCUUGCUUUAUCACACUAAAAGUCCUGCAUGUGAUUGAGUUAUGUUGUUGGUAAGACCUCUGGCUGGUUGGACUGCCAUCCCUGUGCUCAGUUUUAACCUGAGACCACCAAGAUUUAUGUUUUGGUUGUCUAGCAACUUUUCAUGCAGCUAGACUUGUUCUUGCCGUAUUUUUCCUUUACAUUAAUUUGUUGACAUGUUGGCAAGAAUUAUUACCUUAAUGAUUUAACACUCUUAUUAUCUUGCUAUUUUAUUCUGGUGAUAAUUACGCUCCUUAAAUAAGAUUAAAGCUCCUGUAAGGUAGUUUUGUCGAUUUUGGCGCCCCCUGUGGUUAGAGUGCUAUGCUUCACCUGUUUGCUGAUCAUGCAUCCUGCUUUUUUUUGACUUUCAAAUAUAUCACUUUUUUUUAAACAUUUUCCAUGCCAAAUUUUUUAAAAGGUGUCUUUUGAGAGGAGAGCUUCUUUGAAGGGUCUGCAUACUUUCCCCCCUUCUGGUUAACAAGCAUUUUAUAACUUAAAUGAAAAAUAAUUCAUUAGUUAUCAGAUACUUUCCUGUAUCUUUGCUUAAAGUCCAACUGUUCACCAUUGUUUAGGCUGGAUUGGCAUUUGAUCAAUCAAACCAAACAUGUCUUGGAAUUUUUAGAGCUAAUUUGAUCCAUUAUUGUAUUCACGCUGAGACAUAAUUAAACUGUUGAUUUGAUACAAACCUUAAAUCUUAUGCCAUGUAUAUUAAUGCAUUAGUCAGUGUGAGGACGAUGCUGAUUCAUGCUGUGUCUUUUUUCUUUCUCUUUGCCAGCUGAUUCAGUUUCUGUUCAGCCAGAUGCAGUCCAACACACCCAGCACUGUGGGCCUGAAGAGAAAGCUGUGAGUUCACACUUCCACACAAACACAUGCACACACACGUACACACAUACAGCAGUGUAAUCAACAAAAGUGAGACAAACAGGGCCACAGUGGGGCAGAGGGAAGGGCUGGCUCAGCUGACAAACUGAACAAUCUAACUCAACAAGCGCUGUGAAUGGUGACAAGUGCUGAAUCAGUCACUCAGACACAAACACACGCACAUUCACACACAGUGAAGGCAGAGCAGAGUGCGUGACCCUGCUACAGCCUCUGUGUGCAAAACGCUGGUUCAGCUUUGCCGCUGAGUGUGAACAAGGCUGACAUGAGAAAGGAGAGGCAUGCUGGAACACAAAAAGUGCUAUAGAAAAUACAUUUCAGGGUCAGUGUAAUACCUGGCAAAGGUGCAAAUUUUCACCUUGCUGUCAUUGCCAUGUGUGUCCUUCAAGUUUUCAAAGGCUUUCUAAAUUCCAAUCACACAAUUAACUCAUUAUUUUUACUGUCACCUAUUAGCAUCUACAAAGGCUAAGAAAAGUACCUUUAAAACACCUACUGAACAGGACUUUAAGGCUGUGUUGUUAGCUCUGCAAGGUUGCAUAUUAGGCACUGUGGUGAUUUGGGCUAAGUGCUAGCUUCAGCAAUAACAACUGCACCAUCAGUUUGUUCAUGUAUUGCCUAUUGAAAGCUUCCCAUCACCAUUUUAGGUUAGACAUAAGAAUUAAACUUAGCAUCACAUAUUGAGGAACAAAAAUAUGUACGAACAUUCAUGAAUUCAAUACUUUCAUUUGAAAGAGUUAAAGUCGAUUUUGUCUUAACCUUUAGUGUUCGUUUACUAGAACUUAAGAUAAAUCAUUUUGACUUAAUUACUUUUCACAAAUAGUGUUAUGCAUUAAUACUUUAUGUUACAGCAGCAGCAGCAGCCCACUUUAUUGCUUGGCUUUAGUCAGCAGAGAUAAACUGCAGUGUUGUAAAGUGAUAAUAGAAAAGUAGAUACUGUCAGAUUGAUGUACUCAGCCCAAUCAAAGUUUAGAUUAUAGAUUAUAAACUAAAGUGUGGCAUUUGUGCCAUUUAGCAACAUUAACUGAUCUGAAAUGCUGAAAUCAUUUCAAAGAUAUUCAGCCAAUAAAAUCCCAUUUGUUACAGUUUUUUUAACAAUAAUUCUGUCACAUGCUGUUUUGUUUAACUGACUGAAAAAAACAAAAAACAAUGCUUGCUUCAGGCCCCUGAUGUUGGAUGGUGGCUCUCCCAGCCCCCCUGCCUCCAAGUUCAGCCAUACUCAUCCAAUGGAGGCCAUGCAUGAGACCUUCUACAUCCAGUCAGUGAGUACACCUGAAAAUGAUUGACCUAAUAUGUCUUGUAUUGUGCGUCAGCCCGGUGAAGUCCAGCACUGAUGAGCAGUAUUGUAGAAAUAUCUUUAUAUGUUCUUUAUUGGUUGGUAAAAACGCAUCUUCCCCAGAAGAACUCAUUAUUGGUGCUCUGCAGCCUUUCCCAGUGAUGAAUUGUGCUGAGAGCUGUAACAAGUGGACUACCGAGCUGCUGACCUUACACACUCAGCACAAAUGGUCCUGGCAGCCCCAUGCUGUAAACAAAAACUUUGAAGUUACUGGCUGGCCUUUCUAAGUGCUUGGCCAUGUUGGGUUUUAGUAUUAAUCUUUGAGCCAGUUAAUUGAGCACAUAGCCAUUUCUUCUGAGUGAUGACCUUCUUCCUGCAUUUUAGGACAUUAUUGUUGCAUUUAAUCUUAAUUCAAAGUGUACUCAAAAUUGUGCUUGUUAAGUAUGUCACAGUUUAUACUUUAUGUGGAUAUGAAUCAUCUUUAGUCUGCCUCUAUCAGUCCUGCUGUAUAUUUUCCACCACUAGAGGGAAACAGUGUGCAGUGAUUGAGAAGCAGCUGUUCUGCAUAACUGAGCAUAUUGUCACAGGCUGUAUUUCAAGCACUGGAGUGACUUAAAUGAGUUUUUUGUGUGUUAGUGUCUGGAACGUAUUCCUAAUGGAGAAACAUGCUGCCUUUCAAACUACAGGAGCUGCCUAGUUGAAAGGCUGGUAGGAAAAGAGCUGAACACACUGCUUAUUGACUUCUUUAUUUGUGCACAUAAAUUGUUAGAAGUUUAUCCAGAUUUUUCCCAAGCAUGACUUAAAAAAUGUCAUUUAAUGGAGAGCUUUGCAGCAUUUUACAUUACAACUUUGAAGCAUGCAAGAAUUGACCGUUUUUCAUUAUUGUUUCCAAAUGAUAACUGAAUAACUACACUGCCUUGGUGAGUUAUGGGCCAUAACUCACCAGAUAACCUUUCUUAAAGAGUGUCAUCAGUGGUCUUAAGUUGUGGUUAUGAAGUUUAUAGCCAAAAUCAUGUCAUUUUUAAGGGCUUUUCCUCUGCAGAGCUCCAGUAGCCCAUUAGCAAUUCACCUCUGAGUCAUGGGUGGAGACAGCACUGCUCUGCACACUCCUCUUCAUGCUAGCUUUUAGCCUAACAUUACUGCUGUAGUAAAAAAAAAGCAGGUAACAUAGGAGCUAUUCAGGUCUCAGACACUAAUGUCUUUGGGGACAUGAUGAAAGUGAAUAUCAGAAUUAACUUUCUUAUGAGCAUUGCAAUCCGCUACCACACAUGCUUUUUUUGCAUUCAUCCUCUCUACUUUUCUGAGUGGAACGUGCAUAGCGGGGCUCUGGGGUCAGAGCUUCGAUUUGCUGCGUAGGAAAUCUCACUGAAUCUGAGUCUGCCAUUUGGGUCUGCCAUAGAUUCACAGUCAUUUGAAUGCAGAAAUACUCAGAAAUGCAAUUUCGCACUUUUUUAUCUCAUGAUAUGUCCUGUAGCAUCAGAAAAAUGUCAUAUGAACAUGUAGACAACAGGAAAAACAAGAUUUUCAUCGGAGUGGGUCUUAAAGUGAAUUAGAAACCAACUACUUUGUGAGCCUAAAGGAAGGAGAUUAUUUAGUUUUAGCUAUAGCUUUAGCUUUAGCUGUAAAGAGGUUUGCAGCUACCUCUCCAGCUGGCUUCACUUGUCACUUUUGCUUCAGCUCUUUAAUCAUUUGUUUCUCCAUAAGAAACAGCAGUCAUUGUAAAAGAGGGCUUCAUAGGUCAGAAACAUCAAGCCAAAGUGUAGUUAUGCCUCAGUAUGAAACUAGAAGGUGUAUUGUAGCAGCUAUUUAGCUAGAGUAUGUAAAAAAAAAAAAUAUGCAAGAAACUGCAAAUUUGUUGCAAAAUGGAGGUGGAGCAGUAUUUCUGUCUUGUUUUCCUUUGACUAAUAACUUCAAUUCUAGAUCAUUGCCUCUGCUGUAUCAAAAAAGGAAAUGUGAGAAUAAGAAGGUUUUCACCAUAGACUGUAUAUAGAAUAUAUAGUAUAUAAUAAUAAUAAUUUAAAUAAUAAUAUGAAUAAAUAAUAUAGUAUACAGUCUAUGGUUUUCACAGAAAAGACAGGAAAGAGCAAACACAUUACAGUCCUCUUCUUCUUCAGCCAUCAAGUGAUACAGCUUCCUGCUCUACCAGUGGACUGACCGGAGGACCAAUCAUAUCAGAUGUUACUGACAUGACUCAAGCCAGCAUGGCCCUCCAGAUGCAGCCUGAUGAGACCAGGUGAAUGAUAGCAUUAUAAUUUGUCAUUAUCACUGAAUUUCAGCAUAUAUAAAUUAUUCUUUCAGGAUGUUGUUACAGAGAUCAUGGAUACCCUCUAUGAUAGUAUGUACAGUUGUGUAUAAGUACUGUAAAGUGAAUGUAAACAAGCAAAUUUUGGGCUCAAUAAAGAUGUAUUUUACCUGAUGUCUGAAUACUCACUGUACCUGCAGGACACUAGUAGGCAGCAUUUCAUUUGAGUCACAAUUUUCACCUAUACAAAAAAGGGAGAAGUGCAUGAUGCUAAUCAAAGAGGAGCCUGUGAGUCCAGGAGUAAGAGGGCCAGGAAAAGGAGGCAGUGUGGGAGGAGGAGAGGCCGUCGCUUUAACCUCCUCCUGUGAAGUGUGCUCUUCUGAACCUCCAGUCCUUCCAGUUGCAAUGGUCCAGUCUGUUCUGGAGGGGAGGGGGUCCAUGGUGGAGAGGAGGAGUAAGAGACCUGCUCUGGAUCGGUAAGUUCUGGCACAAAAUCUUUUGAGAUCUAAGAGAUUUUCACUUGUACAAAGAAAAGGUGUAAUUUGUGAAAUGAUUGUCCCCGUGUUUCAAGAGUGGAGGUUUCAGAUACGGUGGAGAAUGUGGAUAUGAGUCUGGAGGAGCUUCAGCAGCUGCUGCUCAGGAGCCAUCAGCAGAGUGCUGUGGAGGCUGGGUCCAGCACUGUCAUUGAUGUGAGCAGAGCUGCAGUCUAUAAAAAUGCAAACAUAUAAAAAACAGUCCACAGCCUUGGAUAUGACUGAUGUUUGAAAUUUAAGGCUGGUAGUUUAUCUUGCUCUGCUUAUACAGCACACAGUGGCCAAUGAGUUGAGCUAUUCUGCUCUUUCAACCUGCAUGAUUUCUUUCUUCCUCUCCUUAUUGUUUUUCUCUCUCUCCUUUUGUAGCCCUUCAGUUUAAGCCUGCCUCUAACCGAGUGGAACUUCACUGAGAUGGAGUCCAACCUCAAAUCAGUAAGUCUAAUUCAGAAAGAAACUGUAAAUAGAUAAAAGAUGAAAAGCUGCCUGCAUUUGUCCAUUGCACAGCAGAAAAGGUUUAACACAGGAGAAAAAACUACCAGUGUGAUAGUGGCUGACAAGGCGAAACUAUCUGCAAUGCAAAAGUACAAAACAAAUAUGCAGAAUAUAUAAUAUUGUAGAUAAAACAGAUAAAACCUCUGCUUUGACUGCAGAUGCAGUGUAGAACUCACCCCCAGGCCUGGAUUACUUCUGUGGUGAUGUGUCAGUUUGAGACAUAUUUCUUCUGUCAGUGUGUUUUUGAAUCUGCAUCAUUCUUGAGCUUUUGUACAUUUGCUGUCUGUCCUUUUUCAUUUGUAGUACAUUUCUACAGAUGUAUUUCCCAUCCACUUCUGCGUGUAUCUUUAAAUUUGCAUAAUUCCUGAAUUUGCAGCAGAGUUCUCCGAAGAUUGAAACAGAAUCAUUGAAGUUUACUUAGCUUUAUUGGCCCCCAAACUGUACAGUAGAGAGUAUAUAUAUAUAUAUAUAUAUAUAUAUAUAUAUGUGUGUGUGUGUGUGUGUGUGUGUGUGUUGUGUGUGUGUGUGCGGAGAGAGCGAGAGAGAGAGAGAGAGCAUAUUGAUGGAUACACAUUCCCUGUACAGUAUGGAUCAGUAUAUUAUAUACAUAUAUAUUAUAUGUACAUAUAUAUUAUAUGUACAUAUAUAUAUAUAUAUAUAUAUAUAUAUAUAUAUAUAUAUAUAUAUAUAUAUAUAUAUAUAUAUAUAUAUAUAUAUAUAUAUAUAAACUAAACUAACUACAUUUUUCUUCAUUUCCUGAAACCAACAUUGUGCAGUAGCGUUGUACGCAUUUGGCGGGAGAGUCACCGAAAGUGACACUCGGCUCAAACAGCGUAUCCCCUGGUUGAACUACGCAAUCCUUGAACGCCAAUAGGCUGUAUCAGAUGUCAAUCAUAGAAAAGAUGAACCCCCUAAUAACUUUUAAAAACGGAGCUUCACAGAAAAAAGAGGACUUGGGCAUAAACUAGUCUUACAAUAACUACAUGUCAACAUCACAAGCAGGGGGAAGAACAAUUUAUGUUCUGUGUAAUAAAUUUCUAAAGUUUGUCCACAGCUCCUUAAGCUUUGCUGGCAGAGGCGGGAUUUAUGACCUAUACUGCAGCCCGUCAACAGAGGGUGCUGUUCUCACAGUGUCUUCACCCAACAAGGAGGCAGACGUUGUCGAUUCUUUAUACAGUCUAGGGUUGCACUAGAGAGAGCGGACUGAAUGGUCGGCUGAUUUGGCUGCACAAGCGGCUGUUUUAGCUCCUUGCUCUGGUCGGGGUUUAUAACCUUUUGUAUUGCAUGUGCUCUGCUGCGUGGCACUGCUUCAGGUGGUGAAAAAGAUUUGAGGUAUUCCUAAACUUUGCAAGAAUAUGUUCUCAACAUAAUUUGCAGUGCACAUUACUCUGCUUUAUGUCUGACCUCAAAAAACCAAAGUACCUCCACACCACCGACAUUUUUGUACCAGUGUUGUCGACGAUGCCGUCAUCUGUUCAGACUUCAUCUGCAUUUGUGUCGGGGGUAGCACUCAUUUUCUUUCUUUUUUUCCUCACCAACAGUGCUGUUGGCUUCCCCUGUUCAAGUGCUAUGUUUGUGUGUAGCUGCAGCCUGCUACUACACAGUUGUUUGCUAUUUGUUUCUAAUUAAGCACAUGAUUGGUUCAGCACAAAGCGGACCCCAAGCAACUUCCCUUUUCUUCGGCUAUCGGUAUAGUCUACCAAAACAUGGCAGAAUGCCAACUAUCAAAAAAGCAUAUUGACCAUGUUUUAUAUUGAUACUGAGGAGAAAUUAAUUUUGGAUGUAUAUCGUUAUUGUUUUAUCACCCAGCCCUAGGCACAUUCAACAGUUCUGGUCAGAAACUAACAAUAACUAACAACCUGUGUCCUUGACAUCAAAGAGAGACAGGCCUGUUAUCAACUUGUUAUGCAGCUGGAUCACAAUGCUUUAUUUUUUACUGUGUGCAUGACAGAUAAUAGCUAUAAUUGAUAGCAUGCAAGAGGUUGCACACAUGAUAGGGGGCUUGGUAAGAGUUUGGAGUUUUUGGCCUGUGGGGGGGCUGAAGCAGGUGUGUGAAGAGGUAGCAGUGAUGGUGUCCGUAUCCUUAGAUCUUUCCCAUUCUAUGAAUGAACCGUAGUAUAGGCCUUGUGGGUGUGAAAAACAAACAAACAAAAAAAAACAGAAAUGCAGGUUGUAGACUUGUAUGCCUUCACUGCCUCACUUAUGUGCCCAGAAAUAUCAGGAAUGUGCUGAGCCACUGAUUUUAUUCAAGGUUUUUGGCACUUUAAAAUGCAGAUUAGGAUUGUCCAAAUAUAUGGGUGUUAAAGAUAACAGCUUUUUUGAAAAAAUGAAGCAUUGAUAUAGUGCUAAAAAUAAGCAUUGGUAACACUGAGUCCAUAAUAGUACUUCACAAUAUUUGCUUUUCUGUCAUGGCAAGCUAGCAUGUAGCAGCUUGGCACUUUUAAUCCUGAAAUCCAAAAUUGAACAGUGAAUCCAAAAACACCUGUAGAACUUGUGUCUCUUCAGGUUACUAAUCAAUUGAACAUUUAUCCUUUGACCAUUCCUGUAAUUGUUUUCAUUCAGAACCAUGAUUUACAACUGCAGGAAGCAGCUUCUACUUCAAAAUACAAACCUAGUUUUACCAUGUGAAACAUAAACUAAUCUUAACGCAACAGAAAAAAAUAUCAAAAUAAAAGCAUGAAAAAUAAUUGAUUAUGAAGUAAUGUCUUUUCCAAACAAGUUUCAGUCACAGGAUGGGUAACAUGGAUAAAUCCAAUAUUUGGGAGUUGUAAGAAAUGGAUGAGAAAAUGUUGGUUGAUUGGGUUUAUUGGUAACAAUUAUGAAGUAACGUAUCGCUCUGCACUUUACCUGUAAUUCCUUUUCUCAAUAAGUUUCUUAACUUAUGGCGAUAAGUUCAGACUUUCAAAAGAGACCAGACUGUAAGACCAACACACUAAUGUGGGUGCGAGUUCACUCACAUAGUGGGUGCUAUGCUGAAGAUACUGGAGUGCAUAGAGUAGGAAAUGGCAAUGACACUUUCAUUGCAUGCCAAGAUGUCUUGUGUCAGGUGUAUGACAAGAUCCAAUAGAUUGCUGGUUUCCCUGUUUAGUGCGAGAUGAGCAUCAAUCUUACCUAUAUGUGAAUUUAAAUAAAAGCUUAUCCUAAACAAUGGCUAUCUGUAAAUUUUAGAUUUUUCAAAACAUCAAGAAAUCCCUUCUCUGAGUUCUCCUGUUCUCUUGUUGCUAUUAGACAUGAGACUUUACAUGGUGUUAAGCAGUAAAAUUAUCAACAUUUUGAUCAGUGACUGAAGUUAAGUUAAAGAUUUCCAAGUUAGAAUACAUGUAACAUUAUAAACAGGAGCAUUACUACCCUCUGCAUAGUUUGCACCUCAAAUAUCAGAGGGCUCAUUGAAUUACCUGCAAGCUGGCCAUUUAAUCAAUGAUGCCACUGCAGUCCAGUUUUCUUCCCACCUCAGAAUGAACAGACAGGAUUUUGUUGCUCUUCACUUUAUCAGAGACAUUGUGGCGUUUGAAAAGUAUUUAAUGUGACUCACCUUGUUAAAAGCUUCCUCACUGCUGGCAGCUGGGGCAAGGAGAUCCUGAUAUAUAGACAUCCAGCCAAAAAAAAGGCUUUGAAUCUACAUUUAAUAAACUGUAUUUGACAGCUUUGGUGGAGAGAAGUUACGGGAGGCGCUGCUGCCAUCAAAUGAUAAAUGAUUAAUAAGCCAAUUUCAAACGGUGAAUACUUUUUCGCCUGUGAAGCAAUACAAAAUUAGUCUUCAUCAGUGACCCAGAAAGCAUAGCAGCAUCUGAAUGAUUCAUGCUUUUAUGUUAGGUACAAAUCAAUGGCUCUGUUGGUGCCACAUGUAACAUUGUGUCUCAGUUAGGGCUGCACGAUUAAUCAAUUUUAAAUCAUAAUUGGAUUGUUUGAUUAUCAUGAUGUUAAAAAAAUGAAAUUGUCAAAUCGAAUUUCCUCUCUAUUAUGUCUAGUGCCUACAGGCCACCGUAGGCUCCCCUUUCCUGCGAGAGCACUCCUCAGCUCCCACACAAACCAGUGUAAACAAACAUGGCUUUUGCAAAAAAAUAAAGGUGAAAUUUUUGGGCUAAAUAGGGCAAGAGCGAGUAAGUCGUGUGGAAUUGAUAUGGCUUUGCAGUUUCGGACAAUGAGUAAACCACUCCCUGCUUUUUGGGUGACUGUAGACGCUACUUUUUGAAAAUUGGCAUAAAUCUUUGAACGACUACCAUUUCAUCUCCAUGUGGAUGCCUAUCUGCAUCUCUCGAAACAAUUAUGUUACUCACAGCUUAACUCUUUAAUGGCGUACUCUUCUUCUGUCUUUUGUGCAUUUCCUCAGCAGAGUUAGAGCGCUACUUACUGGCUUGGCAUAUGCACUACAUCAUUCUCAGUGGUUUUGUUUUGAGAGAUGAUAGCAAAACUUCUUUUUUAAGUGAAGUUUGGGGAAGUUGUCACUAAAUAAAAAAAUAGAAAUCUAAAAUUGAGUUUUCAGAGAAAAAAUCAGGAUUUCAUUUUUGGCCAAAAUUGCGCAGGCUUAGUCUCAGUGGGCUUUGUGAUUUCUCACGAGUGCCCUCUUGGCUCAAAUCAAAUAUUGAUUGGUUGAAAAAUGUUUUUGCGUGCCUUCCCAUUCUUUUAUGGUGGUCUUUUACAGCCCAACAGUAAAGACAGCUACACUCAAAGACAUGAAGUAAUCCUUCAGUCCAUAUAUUUCUAUUGCUGUAUCGUGCAUCAGUAUGUUUGACUGCCUGAGAAGAAAGUGUUGUUUUUACCAGGUCAGUAUAAAACAUGUGACUUUUAGUUGAAUAAGCUCAGCUGACAGUUUGGAGAAAGAAAGCAACUAUCUCUGCAAAGUUCAUUUCAGGCCUUCAGUGAAUCCUGUCAAUGAUGCAAACAGAAACAGGUGUUGUUUACAUGUCUAACUAAAAUGUUGCGGCUUUUCAUACUUUUAGGUCUUUGGUUUACUGAUUCAGUGUAUGCUAGUGUAAAGCAAAAUACAGAGGAGUCAUGGAGAAACAAGAAAUAAAUAAAGCAUAGCAGACAUGACCGUUAACUGCACCUCCCACUGGAGAAAGACAGACGAUGUCAGGAAUAAUCCACAGACCUGUUUGGAGUAAUGAUUCAAUUGUAACAGAAAUAACAUGACUUUUAUGGUUUCUAAUUGUCCUUCCGUUGUAUUUUCAAAGCAGAUUUGGAUGGUUACAUGCAUUACUCCUAUUAGUCUGGGGUUUUUGAUGAAAAAGACUUUGAAGUCUUUCUUCUCUUUCCAUUCAGCCUAUUCCUCUCCAUGUUGUACGACAGUUGUAUGCUGCUACAAAAGUGAAUCACAACAUUUCAACCCCCCCUCCUUUUAUUACCACAAUUCAUCCAGAGCUGUGUUUAUCUUUGUAGGAGGCAGACUCUUUCUCACUAAGUUUGAUAACUCAUCUAAAAGAGGACUCGUUGCUCUUUGUCUCUGUCAGGUUUUGUUUGUGCAGCUGACAGUCAGCAUUACUGCUUAAAUAGUGCAGGAGGUUUUUUCUCUUCCAGUUACUGUCUGUGUUUCUUGUCAUCUAUUCUGUUUGAUUUAUACAAAAAUGCAUUGUGUAUCCAUCUUAGGAGCCUUUGCAGCACAAGAAGAUCUUAUUUUACCAGGAUGCUAUCAGAUUGUAUUAUAUUAUUUUAUGCUUUCCCUGAAUAAACACCAGCCCCAAAAUAUCUUCUUGUUCCCUUUGCCUGGCUUGACAAAACCAAGAAGUCUCUUUUCCUCACAGUGUCUCAGGGCUUUUUCCCUUUUUCUUUUUUACAUCCAUCUCUAAAGUAGUUCAUUCAGAGGCAAUCAUGUCUGUGAUUCUGUUCUAUUACCUCUUACCACAGUCCUUUGUCACCAUUACACUCAUAUUAUCCUCCUCUUUUUUAUCACUUAUAUCACUUUCUCCACAGUCCCUUCUUUUAAAUGUACUUGUGUGUUUUUUUCUCUACAGUACAUGUUCCAGAACCAGGAAGCGGAGACUUUCCCAGCUCCUGGCUGUGAGGAACAAUGAUUGAACCUUGAAGAGGACCCAUUUUCAUCUUUAGAAGGUACAUUAAUUCACUGUAAAAAAGCGGUCAGUGUUUUUACAACCUUCAGACACACUCGCUUUAAAGAGCCAAGGUAAAGCAAAAAGAUGGUGAUAUGAAGUAUUUUUGGUUAUUGUUGACAACUCCCAUCAAAAGAAAAACAACAACAAAAAACACAAUUUCAUCAGCCUGUCUUUGGAGUGAUGUCUCACACCUGGCUCCUUGAAAAGAAACAAAGACAAAGAGAGUACUCAAAGCACUGAAGUUUGACAUGUUUGUUGCUUAGACUUGAACAAACAAUGAAUUUGCUUGGCACUCUUUUCUGCUGAGCAUUUAUCCAUUUAAUUUCCAGUAGACAAAUACUAUGUGUGGGAAGUCUUCAAAUAUCACAGUCAGUGUUUUUGGUAAAAAGAGAACAUGUCACUCCUUCACCAUUUCACAAAAGGUGAAGACACUGCAGCUGUUAGUAAGGAGGCUAAUUGCUUUCUUCAACUCCACUUCUUUACCUUUUGCUAGGUUGGCCAAAAGUAAGGUUGAGUCAACAUUCCCAACAUGGCUUUCAAUUACAAAUGAGCAUUGCCUCAGUGAUGUCACACAUUUAUCCAAUGAUAGCAGAUGCCAUAGGAAUGGCGGCUCAAUCUAAUGUGAGAAACCCAGAAACACUAGACUAUUUGGCACUGUGUAUCUGUCAAUGAAAAUCUUUUAGCCAUACCAUGAUCAAAAUCAGCAAGUCUGUUUGAAAUAUUAAAUCCACCUUACAGUGUGUACAAAUGAAGAAAUGAGCUGUAGAUUACAUUGCAGGGUUUUUUUUAUGACUUGUGAGACUGCCAAGUGUGUCCCAAUCAUGUUGCCACCUGGGCCACUGUGGUUCAGUGAUAGAGUUGUUUGUCUCUCAAUCAGAGAGUUCGGGUUUGGAUCCCAGGGCCAGCUGUACACAUGCUGAAGUCUCCUUGGACACGACACUUGACUGGAAACUGAACCCUGCAGCAUGUGAAUGGGAUUUAAUACUUAAAGGGAUAUUCUGGCAUAAAUUUAACUUAUGGUCAAAAACACCAUAAUACCGAGUUAGACACCCCCUCAAGAGAUGAAUGUUGUUGACUGCUUUCUUCUCUAGUUUUACCAGCUUUAGUGGCUUGACGAGUCGAUCACCGAGUGCAGCGGAUCCUUUCCAUGAAGUAUUAAUCAUCAUAAUUAUCAUUUUGCACUGCAGACACGGUACUUCUUCUGCAUUAGCGUCUUGGUCUGAUUGCAUUUCCAUGAAGUUAUUAAUUAUAAAUGUUCUUCCUUGAGCUGUGAAACUCUGCUGCAUUCGAUGAUCGGCUGGUCAGGGCUCCCCCCACAAACAAGCAGCUGCUGGAGGAGAGUGGGUGAGUUGUGUUUGGUCUCUUUGCUAAAAAACCCAGGCAAAGCUAAAAAAAAAAAAAUGUUGGAUGACUAGUACUACGGCUGGGACCCUAUAUGUCCUGUUGAUGAAGUUAGGUGCUGUUCUGAGCAUUAUUUGUGGCUACAGAGUGGCUAUUUGGUUGAGGUUUGCAGGUGGAGAUGUAGACCGCUGUGUAUUGCUAUUAUGCGGUCAUUAAUAAAGUUGAUACAACUAGAGAAGCAAACAGUCGGCAACAUUCACCUCUGGAGGGGGUGUCUAACUGGGUGUUACGGUGUGUUUGACCAUAACUUAAAUUAAUGCCGGAAUAUCCCUUUAAGGGCGCUCUACAUAUAGCAGCCUCUGCCACCAGUGUCUGAAAGUGGUGUGAAUGGCUGAAUGUGAUAUGUAACACAACAGCAUUUUAAGAGUUCAAAAGACUAGAAAAGGCGCUAUAUUAGAAACAGUCCAUUGACCAAUUACCAUGUGAUUGGUGGGGGUUAACUACCAUCAGAACCAGAGGAAGGGAAGAAAACAAUGAGUAAACAUUCUGUGUAAAAGUUUUGCAUUAAACAAAGUCAAUAAAGCAAAAUCAAAUUUUGCUGAGAUUAAUUUGUCUUAAGAGUACAUGGCUUCCAGUGAGUUUGCUGUUAUACUUACUGUUCCUCACUAAUGAACAGUUUUCCCUCCAUAAUUGAAUCCCAGACUGAAAAAUUCCUCCAGACUUCUGUCCAUGUGUAAAUGUGAGGGCCCAGGCUGUUUCAUCUUUUUAUGUUUCUCUCCUCAGGCCACAGAAGCUGCUGUUUUCCCUCAUUAUUACACUCUGCAUGAGUUGGAUCCCAGGGCCCUGCCAGGCUGUUUCUCACCUAUGGCUUUAUUUCCUCUCUUUACAAUCUCGUGCCUACAUAACGCAGCAUUUUAAGAGCAUGUUUCCUUCCUUAUAUGUUUCUGGGUUGGAGACCCAGUUGGUCCCCAAGCUAUGAGUUCUGUUGGCAUUAAUGCUGCA